AUGCUUCGUGUGAAAGACCCCGAAAAAUCGCUGGCCUUUUACCAGAAUGUGCUAGGGAUGGACCUUAUUCACAAGUCCGAUUUUGACGACUUUUCCUUGUUCUUCUUGGCAUACCCACACCAAAAGGAUGUACCUUUGUGGCAGCGCCAAGGUGUUCUUGAGCUCACCUGGAACCACGGCACAGAGAAGGAUCCUGAUUUCCAGUACCACAAUGGCAACACGGAACCGCAAGGAUUUGGCCACAUCGCCAUUACUGUGGAUGACAUUGAGGCUGCCUGUGCGCGUUUUGAAAAGCUCGGUGUGCGGUUCAAAAAGCGCCUCACGGAUGGGAAGAUGAAGUCAAUUGCCUUUAUCUUCGAUCCCGACAACUACUGGAUCGAGGUGGUGUCUUCCAAAGUUCAGGCCUAA